CAUGUGAUUUUGUGAUUUGUCAAAUAUUUCUGAUAACCGAAUGGCAGGCCAAAGCAGAAACCGAAACUGAAACAAAUUAUUACUUAUUUUAAUUAAGCUGUGGUUCAAAUAAGCUGAAAAAUGUCGAACAAGACAAAGAAGACCGGAGGCGGCAACGGGGGCCCCACAAAACAAACGCGCCAGCAGUCUCAUGACUCGCAGGACUACAGCUCCUUCAAGACAGUGCUCUUCUACUGCAUGCUCAUCGUGUUCCUGCCCGUGCUGACUUUCUUUGUCCUCAAAGGCUUCGUGCUCGACCAAUUCUUUAGCAUUUCCGAAGUCAAAGUGAACAUAGCAUCUGCCGUGGGGGCGGUCGUAGCGCUGCAUAUCGCCCUGGGACUGUAUAUCUACCGGGCGUACUUCGGAGCAUCCGGCUCCAAGGCCGUCAAGGCGGACUAAAUCUUCAUCUACCGGACUGUUUGGUUUCCCAUUUCCAUUAAUUAUAAGUCGGAAAAGCACUCUUGUACAUACAUACUACAUAUAAA